GAGAAGCACAGCAGCCUGCUUGCCUCGGAGUCUGGGAGAGAGCAAGCGAGAAGCAUCAGUUAAAGCAAAGGCUUGAAAGAAAGCGGAGUAUCUGUAAGUGCAAUAGCUGCUGCCUAGAGGUUAUAGUCCUAUAUUGGGAUAAUGAAAAGGCUCAUCUCUCUCUUAUGUACAGCCGUGGUUUUAAUCUCUGUACAGUCCCAGAGCAAUUUAUUAUACCUGGAGGAACUCGGAUCAGACAUUGGUAUCCAGGUCUUCAACCAGGUGGUGAAAGCCAGACCUCUUGACAAUGUGGUCCUGUCCCCUCGUGGAAUUGCCUCUGUCCUGGGCAUGUUGCAGGUUGGGGCAGAUGGAAAGACUAAAAAGCAGCUGAUGACAGUAAUGCGGUACAAAGUCAAUGAGGUUUAUAAAGCACUAAAGAAGAUAAAUAAAGCAAUAAACUCAAAGAAGAACAAGGAUAUUGUCACUUCGGCAAAUGCUGUGUUUGUCAACAGUAAGUUCAAAAUGGAGAACUCCUUUAUCACCAGGAAUAAAGAAGUAUUUCACAGUGAAGUCAGAAGUGUUGACUUUGAGGAUAAAAGUACAGCAGCUUCUACUAUAAACCACUGGGUGAAAAAUGAAACCAAGGGAAUGAUUGAGGAGCUGAUAACAACAGAGCUAUUGGACAGCUCCAUGACGAGGCUUCUUCUAGUAAAUGCACUUUAUUUCAAAGGGCUGUGGAAAUCUCGCUUUCAGCCAGAAAACACAAAGAAACGGACCUUCCAUGGACCAGAUGGCAAAGAUUAUCAAGUGCCCAUGCUGGCACAACUAUCCUUGUUCCGAAGUGGAUCUGCAAGCACACCCAGUGGUCUCUGGUACAACGUUAUUGAGCUGCCCUAUCAUGGUGGCAGCCUCAGCAUGCUGGUGGCACUACCCACGGAUGAAAGCACCCCACUUUCUGCCAUUAUUCCUCACAUUAGCACGAAAACCUUGCAGAGCUGGAUGACCAUGGCGCCAAAAAGGGUUCAACUCAUAUUACCCAAGUUCACUGUGGAAGCAGAAACAGAUCUGAAGGAGCCACUUAAGAAUCUUGGCAUUACAGACAUGUUUGACUCCUCGAAGGCUAACUUUGCAAAGAUAUCACAAUCUGAGAGCCUGCACGUUUCUCACAUGCUACAGAAAGCUAAGAUAGAAGUGAAUGAGGAUGGAACCAAGGCAUCUGCAGCAACAACUGCAAUUUUAAUAGCAAGAUCGUCACCUCCCUGGCUGAUAGUGGACAGGCCCUUUUUGUUUUUCAUCAGACAUAAUCCUACUGGUGCUGUGCUCUUCGCAGGACAAAUAAACAAACCUUGAGGCAGACGUCAAGAUGAAAUGCAUCUAUCCUGCAUCUUGAUUCCAAUGUUUAGAUAUUUUGUACAUUGCGCUAGUUUUUUUUUCUUUUGUGAAUUCUCAUGCAUUUUAAACAAAGAUGGUUACUUGUGCUUGUAACUUUUUUUUAUACAUGUCAUUUUGAUAACUCCAAGUUGAUGGUACUUCUCUUCCAUUAUUUGUAUUAACUACUGAAAGUGUGUUUUUAAUUAAGGUAUUUUUUUAAGUGUUUUUUGUUUUGUUGCUUAAACGCCUUUGAGUAUCGUAGAACCUUUCUGCAACUUAUGAUGUGGCUCGGUGAUGCUGAAAGAACUAGGACUGAUUAUUAACCGUGCAGUAUUUGUGGCAGGAGAUGCCAACUCACAACAGUGAAGGGCAGUACUUUGGCUCAAAUUACAUAUCAAGACUAAACUGUACUUUUUAUUGCCUGUAAUAAAUGACGCAUGUGUUUAUUGAAACAAAUAUCAGAAAAUAACACUUUGUAUCACUCUCUUUGGAGAGUAUCUCCUGUUUGAGAUGCAAUAAAAAGUUAUGUUGAAGAUUUAUAAA